UCCAAAUCGUUCCAGCAAUUUUUCAUUUGGGUAACAUUGUGAACUGAAAUCAUAUGACAAUCGUCAAACUUUACUGCAAAGUGCAAAUCGCAAAUGGGUGAUCACUGAUCAAGUUCAUUGUUAAAAAUGGCUCUGUAUUGGAUUUUGUUAAUUGUAUCCCUUAUAGGUGUAAACGCUGAAGGAGAAUUCACAGUCCUACACAGUCCCAAAUCUUUGAGAUUUUCGAGCUCCACUAAAACGUUAGAAAGUUUUCUAAAAGAGAUCUUUUCGGCAUCACUUGGUCUUUCUGUAGAAGGGAAUUCGGAUUGGAAUGGACUUUCUAUAGUUGAUCCAUUUGAUACUCCAGAAGCAAUUGUAGAGGUCUAUGUAGAUGGUGUUCCUUCACUUGGAAAUUCAGCUGGACUCAAAGCAGUUAGCUAUGGCCUUACAGUUGAUGAAUAUGAGCCAGAAACCUUCUUUGCCAUUUCACAUAGAAUCAAACAGCGCUUUACUAAUGGCCAAAAUAGACUUGUUAAUAUAAAAUUAUCAGAGCCUGAUGAUUUGGCUUCCUAUUCUAAUUUGUUUGGAAAUAUUCCUGCACCGAAGGUUGGAAAACAACACCUACAACAUCUGAAAUAUGACAAAUAUGAAGAAGAUUAUCAAUUCCUAUUUGAGCUUGAAACUUUAAAAGCCAUCAUUGAAAAGAUCAAGUCUGGGGCCAUUGCCGCUGACAAUGUUGUAGACUUCUACAACUUCCGAAUGACAUCACUUCACACAUUGUCUGAUUUCCACGGUCCCAUGUCUCUGCAAACCAAGGAAGCAAAGAAACUUCUUGGAGAAACAUUAAAUAGUUUGAGUGAAGCUUUUGUCAAGGCCUAUGACGGGUCUGUGCUGGUGACUGUGGUGACCACAGACGUGGCUCACACCAGGCGUACCGUCCGUGCCGCACCUGCAGAUCCCAUGCAAGAACCCUAUGAGGAUGACAAAUACAGCUCGGACUACGCCGCCAUCUUCAACAUCCUCCUGUGGUUCGGCAUCAUCUUCACCUUUACCCUGGUCGCAAUCGUUUACGCGAUCAUGGACAUGGAUCCCGGCAGAGACUCCAUCAUCUACCGCAUGACCAGCACCAGAAUGAAGAAAGACAACUAGACACUGUCGUCUUGUGUCUCAGUAGCACAAUUUUUGUUGUCCAUAAUUAUUUCCAGAGUUACGUUCCAAUGAAGCAGAGUGUAUUAGACACCAAUGUUAACUUAUUGUAUGAGUACCUAAGUGUAAAUUAGUGUUAUUAUUUAAUUAAAAUUAUGUUGGAAUCUG